AUGGGACCAGAGAUACUGGGAGCUAUAAUGAUGGCUGUUAAAAUUCUCAUUUUUAGACCCCCAACACUUCACGGAGUACCCAAAGAUGAAACACUGCGGAUGGGCCAUGCUGAAACUUGCAGCGAAUUAAAGAAGAUAUUUGCCGAUCUUGUUAAGCAAUCUAAGCCUCUGGAACUUCCUCUGGACACAGUUAACCUUCCACAUGAUGGUUCGCUAAUUCCAGAAGCUUAUGCAGAAUUGGGUACUGUUUCCAAUAGUCAUGAACGAAGCCAGCCAAUUGUUAACCUUCCACAUGAUGCUUCUGUUAUUCCAGAAGCAAUGGAUGCAGCAGAUACCGUUUCUAACAAUAAUGAAUGCAACCAGCUAGUGGUUAACCUUCCACUUGAUGCUUGGGUCAUUCCAGAUGCUUCCAGAGAAGGAGAUUCUGUUUCCAACAAUCAGGAACUAAACCAGCCAGUGGUCCACCCUCCACAUGAUGGCUCAGUCAUUCCAGAAACUUCCCGAGAAGCUGAUACUGUUUCCAACAGUCAUGAACGAAGGAAGCCUGUGGUCAAGAUUAGGGUAAGACAAUCUGCUGCAUCCAGUAGAGCUGAGGAUGCUGAUAAUAGAAUCAUUGAAAAAUCUCAAGCUGGCCAUAACGAUACUGAUCGUGGUGCCAGUAGUUCUGUUUCUGUGGAUGCCCCCCAAAGGAAUUUCACCGAUACUCUGAGCAUUGGUAACCAAAAUCUUGAGGAUGUCAACUCCUGCCAUGAUGUUGGGUCCCGGGUGACUGCCAGCAUCGGUAGUGCCAAACUCGCAAGUGACGGUGAUGAACUAGUCAAGGAACUUCAGUGCACUGCUGAUUCAGGCAAAGUUUCUGGGCUACCACCACCGGAUGAUCAAUUGUCCCUCAGAAUUAUGAAGGAAGACUAUGCAGAAACAGAGACUCAUAAAUAUGCAAGUCUACAAAGACUUACUUUCACAGGUUCAUUAGCCAUGGAGAAUUCUCAUUUGCGGAGUAAAGAGAAAGGGAAGAAGAAAGAUAAGGAAAAGAAGAGAAAGCGGGAUGACCACAAAAGUAAUCGGGAUGAUCCUGAGUACUUGGAACGCAGGCGGCUGAAGAAGGAGAAGAAGCAGAAGGAAAAGGAGAUAUCAAGGCUACUGAGUGGGGAAGCAAAUGCAUCUUCUUCAGCAGUUGAGUUGCAAAGUAAGAAAGAGAAAGCUGAAACCAAAAUUCCAAUACAAAGUGGGGAGACCAAAGCUACUUUAUUAGAAUUGCAGAGCAAGAGAGAUGAAACUGAAAUCAGGUUGGGAAUGGUGAGUAGAACGGCAAAGGCACCCUCGGCCGAGCUACAUAGCAAGGUAGAGGAACCUGGAACCAAUGUGCCGACUUUGCAAGUGAAACCAUCUGAAACAAGCGGGUCGAAGGUGGUUAUAAAGAGGGUGGAUUCAGGGACUAAUGCAUUAGAAGGUAAUUCUCAUAAACUCAAAAUUCGAAUUAAAAAUCGAACGCUUAGCAAAUCAUAA